CGAAAGUGUGACACGUGUAGUGAAAGUGAAAGUAAAAGGUAAACAAGGUGGCUGCUAGACUGUCGCAUUCCCGCUGCUGUGUUCACGACGUGCUAUGAAAACUUAACUGCGCAAGGUUUCAGGAUGAAUGUCAAGUUACCUCCAAUGGUCAUAUGGCUCACAAUGAUAUCCUCAAUGAGUUCCAAUACCAUUGACCCCAAGGGAUAUGUUGUGUAUUGUCCAUGUAUGGGAAGAUUUGGAAAUCAGGCUGAUCAUUUCCUAGGCUCCUUGGCAUUUGCCAAAGACUUGGAUAGAACUAUCAUCCUCCCCCCUUGGGUAGAAUACAACUUUCCCAAACCUACAUCAGAUCAGAUUCCCUUUGACACAUACUUCCGGGUCGAUGCUGUACAGAAAUUUCACAGAGCAAUAACCAUGGAGAAGUUUAUGAAGAAUUUAGCUCCCAAGAUUUGGCCUGUGGGAAACAGGACAGUGUUUUGUUACAGCAAGUCCUACACAGGAGAACCUGGCUGUGACGCCAAGCAUGGAAACCCAUUCGGUCCAUUCUGGGACACCUUUAACAUUGAUUUUGAUGCCUCUGAAUUCUAUGAACCACUUUCUUUUGAUACAAGCAACCCCUUUGAAGUAAAAAGAUGGCAAGAAAAGUACCCACCGGACCGAUUUCCAGUUCUGGCAUUCAAAGGGGCACCUGCUCACUUCCCUGUGGAACAAAGGAACCUUUUACUCCAAAACUAUGUUGUCUGGUCAGAUAAAAUGAUAAAGAAAGCUGAUGAUCUCAUCUCUAAGUCAUUCAACAAUGAAAAGUACAUGGGCAUUCACCUCAGGCUGGGCUCUGACUUUUCUAAUGCCUGUAAGCACAUAGACUCAGGGUCAGCAUUGUUUGCCUCUCCCCAGUGUAUUGGGUACCGUGGUGAGAAUGGUAAACUGACCUAUGAAAUGUGCUACCCCUCGGAUGACACCAUCGUUAAACAAGUGAAGCGAGCUGUGAAGGAGAAAGGCAUCAACAAUGUGUUCAUUGCUACAGAUAGCAGAGAUCUAAUCCCCAAACUGAAAAAGGCCAUGCCAAAGGUAAAUUUUGCAAAACAAGAUGGAAAGAGUCCCCACUUAGAUUUGGCCGUGCUUGGAAAGUCUGACCAUUUCAUUGGCUGUUGUGUGUCAACCUUUUCUGCCUUUGUCAAAAGAGAAAGGGAUGUUUCUGGCAAGUCAAGUGAAUUCUGGGCAUUCCAGAAACUGAAGAAGGAUGAAUUAUGAUGCUGGUGAACAGAAGUUAUCAUAGGGUAUAUUGUUGUAGAAUACUAAGCUAUUUCCUUGCCAAAUUUAACAUUUUGGUGCCAUCCGUAAGUUUUUGUUGAUUAUCUGUUCGAGCCUGUAGAGAAAAUUUUCUUAUUUUUGUUGAUAGAUGUUACAUUUAGAGCAAAGGCUCACACAGUUUCUUUUACUGAACAAAACAUUAGUCAGCAAACAUUGUUUUUGGCAACUAAAAUUAGUGCAAGUUUUGAACUUUAGAUACCAUAUUUUUUUUUUACAUUAUAUUAUUUAGCAAUAUCUUAUAUAAUUCUAUUAGCAUUUGCUAGCUUAUUUAUCAUUAGAGCUAAUUUUAUUAAUAAGACACAAGAAUGUUUUGAUAACAAAUCUGUGUCUAUUUACAUGAAAAAACUUGAGAAAUCUAUUUAUCUAAGCAAGAACAUCAGAUUCCUAAUGCUCAAACAUCCUCUUUAAUUUUUAUCAUUAUAUUUGCAUUUGUUUAAGAUAAAAAAGAAAUAUGUCAGAGUUGGGGGAAUCUUGGAUAUUAUCAACAUAUAAAGAAAACAUAUUAUACACUUUGAUGCAAUAUAGUCAUUAUAGUGUGACAGAGACUCCUGGGGUUUGAACCAGGGUCCACUAGUUUACACAUUCACUCUACCAAUUGGCUGAAAGGGUUAACCCACUGGCCAGAGCUAGUAGGAGUGCCAUAUAGCUAACAAUACCGCAUUAGUAUGGAUGUUCUAUGUUGGAUAUUACAGCAGGGUUAGUACCAGGUAUACUGAGGGAUAUUAUAGCUUUCCGGCCACGCUUUGUUUAUCUAUUUACACCUUUACAUGUACAUAUCUGCUGCCUCAUUGGGCUGUAAUAUGGUAGUGCCAUUGUAUGCUGUGUUUUUCUAUUUUUUUUCUUAGACUCAAGAUGAUUGACCAAUAGAUAUUUGUUAAAUAAUUUUGAAUUUGCAAGUUUCUAACAUUCAGGGUGCAUUUAUAUACACAACAGUUUUUUUUUACUUAGUAUUGUUAUGGAAACAAAAAAUAACUGAAAAUACUAGACAGGGACCGAACACAUUCCAUUGUUAUCCUUGUUAAAUGUGACUGUUCUUUGUUUAUACGUGUAUACAGUUGUUUUGGUUGUCUGUUAUUACCGUUCUCUGUUAUACAUGAUAUUUCCUUCCAUCGAAAUUCAAUAUGGUUGUUGAUUAACUACAGCAUAUCUUCAUUAUGUUUAAAGAAAUGACAUGUACAUGUACUGCAUAAGGCUUCAAAAAUUUGGUUUUUUUGCUUGCUCAGAAGUGAUAUUUAAACAUUAUUUUGGCAAACACAUAGUUUCACAAUCUUGUAUGGAAUGCUUUUACAAUUCUAAAUUACAAAACUAGCAGUAGAAAUUUUGUUUGCUUUGACAAAAUCAGUAUGCCACAACUGCUUAAUGCAAAAUUAACUUUCCAAACUGUAUCAUACAUAUUUGUAUAAUUGACAUCAUUCAAGAGAAAUGCUGAUUUAAAGAACAAAUAUUUUAAAUGUAAUGUACAUGCUGGUUUCUUUCUUUUUUCUUAUUAAGGAAGGAGUCUUCUCAUUAUCAAACAUACUUCUUAUAAAAAGAAAUUCAUGAAAUUUUGACACAGUAAAACAGAUCAUAUAACCAAAUGAUUCUAUCAGUUUAAUCAAAUUUGACCUUGUUUUCGCAUAAAGGUCAGGUCAAGGUCAUUACCUUUUUCUUCAACUUAAAGGAGGAUAAAAAUAAAUGUAGUUCUUUGCAGUUAUGUAGUCAUCUAAUUAAGAUAUGAAGAUUCUAUUCUUUAAUGAAAUGAUAGAGUAUCAGAAUGUCUAUCAGGUUACACUACUAAAUUGGAAUAAAUAUUUAAACUAAAAUUGAUAUUGCUAAGCCCGCAUUUCAUCUAAUUUUCUAAAAUUUUGAAGGUAUUUUGAUUAUUUUUUUAUGCUUCCAAUAUUAAGAUAUUUCUGAUUUUUACAUAUUAUAUAGACCUUACAUAAAGAUAUAAAUUGACAGAAAAUCUAAUAUAUUGACCAUUUUAUAAGAGAGAAAAACUUAUUUUAGUGAUUUUUUCACACAAAUCAAUGUAUAGAAUGGACGCUUUAAAAAGCUUAUAAAAAUGCAAUUUGAAAAGCAAAUCAUAUUUUAAAAACAUAUUCUGAAGCUCAAGUAUCAUAUUAAUAGUUCACAGUCCAACAUUAAUGUUAUUGUUUUUAAAAAUGCUAAAACUGCAGACAAGCGAAACAUGUGAUAUUUUCCUACGCCAAUAUUCCGCCAAAAAUAUAGUCCUUAAUUUGUUAGAUUCUGAACAAUGAUUCCUAUUUCUAUGCCAAGUUGUAUGAUAAAAAAAGAAAAAUAUACUAUUUUAAUUUCCUUCCAUCUUCAUUUACUGAACAAUUACUCAAAUUUCUGUUUGACAAGUCGAAAACCAGAAAAGACUCCUUCCUUAAAUACCAAGUUUUUGAUAAAUUCAAUUCUGUACAUUGUUGUACCAGUGUCAUAACAAAAAGCAUUUCUGAAUCAACAGUUAUUUCUUUGAUACGUACAUGUAUAUAAAUGACAUCUUGAUUUGACAAUUGGACGUGUUUGUUUAAUAUUUUUUUACAGUACCAAGUUUUGGUAAAUUUGAUUGUUUACAAUGCAGUAACUGUAUCGUCUAUUGAAAAAUCAGUAAUGGUUCUUGUCACAUUAAUUUAUAGUUUUAUACAUGCAUUGAUUUUUCUGUAGUUACAAAUACCUGUUCCAGUACUUGUUAUUUUGAAAAAGUUUAUAAUGCAGUUUUUUUACCAUCUCAACAUUUACAUGUACCAGUAAAUGGAUGAAUGCACUGUUAUUACUCUAAAAGAUAUUGUUUUUGUUGGGAAAAAAAACAUGAUAAAGCCUGUAUUUAUUGUUAUAUUCUGCUUCAGAGUUUUCCUAGAAUGAAUUAUUUUAAUACUAC